UCAGUAAAGCAACGAAUGAGUGUUAUUGUUCUGCGGUGAAGUUGAUCUUGAAAUUUAUGUAUGCACAGGAUUCCUAGAAACUCUUGCGUAGAUUUAUACAGUUGCGGAUUAUUUAUUAAAUACUAUAUCGUCCAUAGAUACCACCAUCUGUUCUAUCAAUUCUAUCGUGACAUUUCGAGACGAAAACAAACAAUUAGUUCUGUGCGAUCUUUCUCGAAUAGCGUGUCGCGUAUUAUAGAGCGUGCGUUGCAGAUAAAUAUAUCGUUGGGAGUAAUAUUUCAAUUUCCAUCACUCUCGGUUUAGCACGCAUUUACGUAUCGUUAUACGCAUUACAGUAAGUGCCGUGCAUUUCCUGAUUAACGGCAAGUGAACAAUAGAGGUUAGCGUCUGAAAAAUAGUUCAAGGAUUCGUAUUGUGUGACGAAGUGUCUUCUAACGUAUUUUAUCAUACACUCUUUUUUCACGAGACUUGCGCCAAAAACGUAUAUGUUACACAACGCCGAUGCUUUUGUGAGAUUCUUCAUAAGCACUGCCUGUGAAGACGUACACUCGAAGGCCAAAGCACGUUCUCUUGAGUUCUCGGUGGUUCCAAAUGACAAAUGCAAUGGGAGGAACGAAUCUCCAUACACCUCCAUCCAUAUUUCAACAUAUGAUGAGUCAGCAAAAUACUUCACAACAACCAGAGACAUGGAUGCAAAUGCCACAGGUGCCUCCAAUGUCUAUACCAUGGAGUGUACCAUCUCUCCAACAACCAGAAUUAGUCAGAUUUACCGGGGCACCAAGUUUCGAAUCAGUUCUUCAUCAGAAGAGAAAACAUGAGACCUGCGAUCUGUUAGAUAUGAGACAAACGAAACAGUUUAUAACAGAAGAAAAAAUGGCUGCACAUUUUAAAGGUUUACAUAUUAGUUCCAAUUAUCAACAGUCUUCAGUGCCAUCAACUUCAACAGCUGACUCACAACCAGUUAAUCCUAGGGAGUUGAAUAUGGAACUAGAAUUGGAUGCAACUAAUGCAGAUCAAAUCAAAACUGGACCCAGGCUAGUUCUUUCAGAGGAACUGAAGAGAAUCCAACAAGAACCAAUCCUUCCAAAUUCCUUGUUAUCCAAAUUGGAAAGGCCCUCCAUGGCUUUAGUCCUUUGGGAACCACCGAGCAAGCAUCUUCGUAUAUUUCCAACUAGAGAUACACCAACUCCGAUUCCUAAUGCGUCCGACGAUAACAAUAACAACAAUAAUAACAACAACAAUAAUAAUAACGAAGCGAUUACUGAUCUGAAUCAGACGAUAUCGAGCAAUUCAUCAAUUUUUGAGCCAAUGGAAUUAUGAAGGCAAUUCGUUAGUAAGUUACUUUUACAUCUUUGUAUAUCGUUAGCAAACAAAGAACGCGAUAUCGAUUUGUAUUAUGUACGAAAGUUAAAAGAAACGAAAGUUAUACAUUAUAUUUUUUAUCUGACACUACAUGUUUGUGUAAGGUUGUGCAAAGUACAUGGAAUGAAGCCUUUCUAUUAACACGUUGACUGCCACGCGCGUUUUCAAUAUAAUCUCCGUCAGGUCACGCGUGCCGCAGUGCCAAGCGUUUUCUACUAGAUACUCCCAUCGAUAUUUUAGUAAUGCGAGUCGCUCAAGUGGUGGUCUCAAGAAUAAUCUCUCGUUUCGUUUGUUCACAAUAUUCAAACCACUAGUUGUUGUUGAAUAUAAUUAAGGAAAGUGUGGUAUAGAUUAUUCCGACCAAAUGGUUUCUUAUGUCACCAAAAUUAGAAAGGAAUCAAAUGGCACAGAAAACUUGGCGUCCAACUCCUUCUGGGAAUUUCUGUUGAAAACGCUUCAACGGUUUACAACAAAUUUAAAGAAAACAACAACUUAUUGUCCAAAUUGUCCCGACCAUCCUCAACUAUGUAUAGAAUGCUUUAAAGUUUUACAUUUUAAAUAAUUUUUUUAAUAAAUCAUUUUCGUAUUACUUUUAUAACAAUUCAGCAGUUUUAUUAUUAUGGAAUGUCUUUUCAAAUACCUACGACGAUCCUUCGCAAGUAGUCAAAUAAGCGACACCCGAAUAUGGGUUAUGUGGUCUGACCAGAAACUUUGCUGACACCCAAAUACGGGUGUCGUGGCAGUCAACGUGUUAAAUUGAACUAUUCUCUACUAGUUAGCUGAUUAUUUAGCUAUUUGAAACAUAUGUACGUAUCCAAUUAUUACAUGAAGAUAAAAGCUAAACAUCAAGUUCCUUUCGUAUAAUAUGAUUUGUGUGUGAAAAUUGAUUAAAGAUAAAAGGAAUUAUAAAAAAGGGAUUCUUUAAUAAAUACGUUCAUGGGUUUUGUGUGAAACUCAGUAUUAUUGUAAUUAUUAUUAACACAGCAUAAUUGUAUGAUUAUUAUUAAUUUUACGUUAUCAUCUGUGCUUUUUUAUGUAUGCAGUAUGUUGCGUUUGAUUGCGACUAAAAUUGUAGUACGAUAAACAUACAAUACGUAUAAAAAAGGAAAAGAAAAUAAAAAACAUAAAAUGAUGCGCAAAAACAGGGAUAAAAUAGAAAAAAAGAUUAUUCGUAAUAAGGUAGUUUUAUUUCUACACUAUGUGUAUGUUAUACAUGUAUAAUGUUAAGGUUGUGUGAAACAAUUCAAUUUAAUGUAUGGGUGAUACGUAGAUCGUUUGUCGUAUGAAUGAAUUUACUGUGUUUCUGAAUGUAUGAUGAUUUUGCAUAAAGAUAUGACAACAUUUCAUUAA